AACAAAAACAAGAAAUACAUGGUUAGACUUGGUCAUAAUACAUUAGGGAUCUAAACAUUUUAAAAAGAAUCUUUUAAUCUUAACAUAGACUAUAGUAAAGAAAGCUAAGGUUAGCUUACACAGGUAGAAAGGUAGAGUUAUUAAAAGCCAUUAAUUAAUUAGUUGAGUCAUUUUCACAGAAAGUAACAACUUUAGAACAAUUCAAAGCAAUUCCAUGACUCAUUCCUUUUUACAACCCACAUAUCGGAUCUCUUAUUACACCCAUCGAUCCAUAUUCCAAAACCAAAAAAACAAAAAAUUUUAAAAAUUGUCCAGCAUGGGAGCUGAACAUCUUGAGAAAACUAGUGUAAAAAAACACACGAUGAUUAGCAAGAAGGCUUUAUCUUCUUCCAUCGUUAAUUACGUGCUUGGAGAGCAGCGACUCAUCUGUUUAUUCAUCGGAAUCAUUGUUUCAGUUUCCGCUCUCAGUGUCAUUAAUCUCUCCCCGCGUACCAUCAGCAGUGCUUCUGUGUCCGUUGAUCAUGUCUCAUCAACUCCGAUUCCUCGAAGAAUAACGUAUGAGUUGGUUGAUCAUGAUCAAUCUAACCGCAACAUUAAUGCAGGUGGAAAGGUGCCGUUGGGAUUGAAGAGGAAGAAUUUGAGAGUAUUGGUAACAGGUGGAGCAGGGUUUGUGGGGAGCCAUUUGGUGGAUAGGUUGAUAGAGAGAGGGGAUAGUGUGAUUGUGGUUGAUAAUUUCUUUACUGGUCAGAAACAGAACUUGUUGCACCAUCUCAAUAACCCUAAGUUCGAGUUGGUUAGGCAUGAUGUGGUGGAGCCUAUCUUGCUUGAAGUUGAUCAUAUUUAUCAUUUGGCGUGCCCUGCUUCUCCUGUUCAUUACAAGUAUAAUCCCGUCAAGACCAUUAAAACAAAUGUGAUGGGAACAUUGAACAUGUUGGGGCUGGCAAAAAGAGUAGGAGCUAGAUUUCUGAUAACUAGCACAAGUGAAGUGUAUGGUGAUCCUUUGCAGCAUCCUCAAGUUGAAACUUAUUGGGGCAAUGUUAACCCUAUUGGUGUCCGAAGUUGUUAUGAUGAAGGAAAGAGAACAGCUGAGACUUUGGCCAUGGAUUACCAUAGAGGACUUAACGUUGAGGUUAGAAUUGCUAGAAUUUUUAACACAUAUGGACCGCGUAUGUGCAUAGAUGAUGGUCGAGUUGUGAGCAAUUUCGUUGCACAGGCAUUGAGAAAGCAACCAUUAACUGUUUAUGGAGAUGGGAAGCAAACUCGAAGUUUCCAAUAUGUUUCUGAUUUGGUAGAAGGAUUGAUGAGAUUGAUGGAAGGAAAUCAUGUAGGUCCUUUCAAUCUUGGCAACCCUGGUGAAUUUACCAUGCUUGAACUAGCUAAGGUAGUACAAGAAACAAUAGAUCCAAAUGCAAAGAUAGAAUUUAAGCCAAACACAGAAGAUGAUCCCCACAAAAGGAAGCCAGACAUUUCAAAAGCAAAACAACUUUUAGGAUGGGAACCAACAGUCUCCCUUCGACAAGGAUUACCUCGCAUGGUUGAUGACUUUCGACGACGUAUAUUUGGCGAUGAUAAGCUCGAUUCUGGCUUAUAGUAAAUAGUACUACUAUACUAUUAUACUCUUUCCAUAAUAUGGUUAUGGAUGAAACAAAGAUCAUUAGUUGAAGAUGAAUACGUACAAUUACUUAUAUAGGUUAUAUAGACUAUACUUUUUUUUUCAUUAAUAAUUAUUUCGGAAUAAAGUUCUCCGUUAAAAGAGGAUAAUUGAAUUGUUUUCUGUGUACUAGAGGAUAUUUGAUUUGGGAGGUGUGUUUCUGUGUAUUAGUUAAAUCAAGAACAAUAGUUUUGAAUGUCAUUGAUGAGAAUAUAGUGAGACUUUUAUA